AUGGCACAUGGUGUGCUCAGGUACGUCAUGCGCUUCAGUGUCAAGUACUACGCGGCAGAGCUUCUCAACGCUCGACUUUUCCAGACGCCAGAUCGGGUGAACAGUAUCCAGAAGGAGAUGAAGGAGUCAGUCGUGUACAGCAAGGACCCGCAGACCAUCGACUCUGUCACCAAACUCAGUGCGGCCCACCUGCAAAUUUAUGUGAGAAGCUCUUGGCUAACCUGUCCAGAUUCUUCCACCACAGCGGCCCACAAGGACUUUCUGUCAUUGGUUGUGGAUCCCUGCCUGCGUAUCAACGUGGCCACGGUACCCGAUUGCUUUGCAGACAUUGUCGCCAAAUUCUCCAUGUGCAUUGCAACAGGCCAGGCCACAGAUGCAGACGCAGCCAACAUCAAAAUUGCCAGCACUGCUAUCCAAGGACGCUUCGAUGGACAUCCUUUGAUUCAAGGGAUGGCUCUUCAAUUGAGAAGGCUGCUGGACAAACAGUCCAGAGGAGUAGCUGUUUGUGGAAGACGAAGCAACGAGUCUGAUCGAGAGACGACCUUGAUCGCUGAUGCGGGAAUGGCUUUGGCAAUGAUGUGUGGGAACAAAGCACUGGCUCGCGAGUUUGGAAUACCCAGGAGUUCCCUGUGUGUCGGCAUGGACAAGUUGAGCAAGCUGUCCCUGCCGUGUCCUGCUUUGGCCCUUCAUUGGCUUGACAAGUUGGAAGAGAACUGUAAGCUCUUGGACCAAAGAUAUGUACUGCAUUCAGGCGAUUGUGGACGACGGUUGAUGUGUGCCUUCGAUGCCACCUAUUUGACCCAGACGCUAUGCCAAAUGACUCUGCGCUCGCAGCGUGGGCUGGCUGGAGCACCAUGGGAUCCAUCGCUGAAGCAGGAGGUUUUCUAUGAUUUGAAUGACGAAUCAUUGAACCUGAAGGAAGUGAACAAGGCUGACAUCGUCUACGAAUGGUUGGUGUGGGAUCCUGUGGGAUUGCAAAAGUUUCCACUUUCCGCAGCAUCAAUGCCUAUGCAACUGGCUCGUUCAGGCGGCGGGGGGGGACCAGGUGCAGAAGCGAGAGGAAAUUGGAGCAUGCUACAUGCCAAUGGCUUAUUCCUGAGCGCUUGUGGCAGUGUGAUUCGUUGCCUCACAUUCGAUGCAGCAGGAACACAUGCCUAUGUCCGGAAGGUUCUACAUGGACAACUUCAAUCAAUAGACCAAGAGGCUUUGAAGGCCCUUCCGUUCUGGUCAUCGCUCACUUACGUCAACAUGCCAAAGAAUUGCUUGCCAAGACUACCGAUUUGCCUAGCCUUCGAUGGUGAAGAAGUGCUAUAUGGAUUGCCAGGACCAUGUGCCUUGGCAUGUUUUUUGGGCCUCAGCUAUGGUAGCCUGUAA